GCGAGCGAGGAGCGAGUGCGAGUGCGAGCGGGAGUGCGUGUCCCGGAAGCUGCCAUCUUUAGCCCACAGAGAGCCUUGUGACCUUCCUCCUCCUCCUCCUCCUCCUCCUCCUCCUCCUCCUCCUCCCGCUCCUCCUCCUCCUCCUCCUCCUAGAGCUCUCUACACUCCCCCCCCCCCACACCUCCCCCAACGCAACCACACCCCCCCCUCUCUCUCUCUCUCUCAAGAGCUCCAAGGGGGGGACAUGAGGUCGUGGCACCAGUGACAUGCUCCUCCUCGUGCCGGCUGAGGCGUUGACAUGAGGGCUGGCUGGGGUGGCCCUUGGAGAGUGACAUGAGGGCAGGACACACUCGAGGCGCCUGAGGAAGAGCAGAAGAGGAGAGAUUUUUUUACUUGAGAGAAAAAGAGAACUGCCGGAACGCGAAGGAAACGUAAAGGAAACGUGAAGGAAACGCGUCAAGAUGAAGAAGCUGUUCCAGAGGAUAGACCAAUCCAACAAGGACCAGUCGCACCAGAGCUUCGUCGGCAAGGUCUUCGUGGUCGGGAGGAACACCGUCACCGUCGAGGAUGUCAUUGCCGAGGGAGGCUUCGCUCUUGUCUUCCUAGUCAAAGGCAGCGGUGGAGUGCGGUAUGCGCUCAAGAGAAUGUAUGUUAAUAAUGAACACGACUUAGAAGUGGCAAGAAAUGAGAUUAACAUUGCAAAAAUGCUUAAUGGUCCCCGCACGGUGGUCGGUUACGUGGACUCGGGUGUCACGCACACUGGGGGUGGCGUGUAUGAGGUCCUCCUACUUAUGACGUUUUGUCGCAAGCAUCUCCUGCAUCUUAUGAAUGACAGGCUCAACAGUGGCUUAACAGAGGCAGAAGUACUCAAGAUUUUCUGUGAUGUAUGUGAUGCAGUUUCUAGACUCCACCACAUAAACCCUCCUAUUAUUCAUCGAGAUUUAAAGGUUGAAAACAUCCUGAUCAGCACCGAGGGCAGCUACGUCCUGUGUGACUUCGGCUCGGCAACCUCCCGCGUUCUGUGCGGGACGACCGACGGCAUCACCCGAGUGGAGGAGGAAAUCCAGAGAUACACGACGCUGGCCUACCGAGCCCCAGAGAUGAUCGACUUGUACCUAGGGAAACCUAUCACCACCAAGUCGGACAUUUGGGCACUAGGUUGUAUGUUGUAUAAGCUGUGCUUCUUCACAUUGCCAUUUGGUGAGAGCCCCCUCGCCAUAUCCUCGGGAAACUUCUCCAUUCCAGACAAUGCAAAAUACUCCAAGUCCUUACAAGCCCUUAUCCGCUACAUGCUAGACCCAGAUCCUGAGACACGUCCAGACAUCUACCAGGUAGCCAGCGUCACCUUCAUGCUGGCUGGGAGAGAGUGCCCUGUCAGAAAUGUCAAUAAUGUCACCGUGCCGUCACUAGACCAGCUGUGUCAGAUGGUCAGCGAGAGGGAACAGCAAUCGUCAGUGAAGGUCAGCCGUGCCCCCAUUGUGCCAGUGAUAGAGAGCACCUCGGUGGCUCCACGGCAGCGGCCAAAGGCAUCGCAGCAUCCCGGGUCUCUAGGGGGUCCUGUGGGGGCGCUCCCCCUCGGCCCUCCACUGCAAAACACGCAAGGUUUGAAAAGAAACAUAGGAGUGCCAUCCAGUGAUAGUGGUAAUGUCCAGCAGCAAUCACAACAAGCAGGCCAGCAGCAGCAAACGCAGCAGCCACAGCAACAACAACAAACACAGAUAACACAACAACAGCAACAACAAGCACCACAACAGCAGCAGCCACAGCAGCAACACAGUCAAGCAUCGCAGCAGCAAACACAGUCCUUAGGGGAUGUGAGCCCCACCACAGCUUUUCCCCCUGCGGCAUUGUUUGGGUCUGAGACCUUCCCUCCCACCCACCAGUCAUUCCCCGCUAGUCAGUAUGGGCCUUCAACAGGAGGGACAGCUCCAGCAGGAACAGCCAGCAGUCAGCCCCCGAGCUUGAGCACUCAGCCUUGCUCUGGGUCUAUGGAGGCAUUUUUCCCACCUUCAGGCUAUCCAGACCCCUUUCGGGAAGGUGAGGUUGAGUCGGCAGUUUGCGGACCCCACUCCAUGAGCAGCAGUGUUGAGGGGUUGUUCUUGCCCCCCCCAGGCAACAUUGGCAGUGGACCCCAGAGCUUGUCGCUCAGCCAGGGAUCCAUCGGGGGAAGUGGUGGAGCACUGCCGGGCUCGGCCGGGCUCGGAGCGGCAGGCAUGGGUGGCAGCGGCGGUGCCGUGGCCUCAGGGCUUGUCAAGUACGAGAGCGACACCUCCGGCCUGAGCCUUCACCAGCACCACUUACCCUCGCAGGUCUCGCCCACACAGUCGCAGCAUCCCAGGGUGCACCGCAGGAAUGUGUCCGAUACUUCUGCCUUUAACAAGACCUUUGCCAGCGAGACGACGCAGUUCCUUGCCCCCUUUGAGACCUCGGUGAAGUCUGCGGAGAGAGAAGCAGGAGCUGCUAGCACCCCUCAGACUGAGGAUGGUUCACAGGAAGGUCUAGUCAGCUCCGACGUGAAUUUGGCCUCGGCAGAAGUCCGAGCGUGGAACCCCUUCAAUGACAUGACGCCCUUCAGUCAGAUGUCGGAGGAUCACAUCUUUGGUGCUGAGUUUGACAAGAUUCGAAGGGGAUCUCAAAGCAGUAUAUCAAAUGUAAAGAGUAGAGAAAGUUUAGUAAUGUCCACAGAAGAUGACCCAUUUGGUGCAGCACCAUUUAGCAUCCCUGGUUCACGCCGCGGGAAAAGUGCGGGCAAAAGUGAGUAUGAAGGCCGGAUGAACAGCACCGAGGAAGUGGUUACCUCUCCUACUGAGCAGGCUUCUGGUGGAGAUUCCACCAUAGAGCUCCUUCAGCUACACAGCGAGAGACGUCGGCGCUCCAGCGUGUCUUCGCAAUGCUCCCAGGACUCGCAGGGAACGACCACGGAGCAGACGACCAUAGGGGUCUGCUCUUCACACUUCACGAGACCUCCGCUGGAAGACAGAUCUAAGUAUGAGAAGCUCCAGAAUGCACAUGACGAGGAGAGUGAGGAGGAGGGCGAAAGCCAGGUGUUCCAGCGCAGUCGAGAGGUCAAGCACUUGCAACCGGCCUCCCAUUCACGCGAGCAGGUGGAGGUCGGGCCGAGAAAGCACCCCAGGCAGAGGAGCAGACGAGGCAAGCUCUCCGGGGCGCAGAAGGAGAGCUCCCUUGAGGCCGGUCAGGAUGGCAAGCCGGAGGGGGUUUUCAUCUGCAGUGUGUCGGACGACGAUUCCAUAGGCUCGGCGAGUGACCUUAAGGAUAGGAUUAACGAUGAGUAUGACUAUGACAAUUGUGAUAGAGGAGAUAUAUCGGAAACAAUUAGUUCCUCAGUGUACCAUGCAGAGUGUGAGAGCGUGACCACACACGAAGACGAUAUUGCCAGGACAGGAGAGAGUGGCGAUCCGUUACAGUUAGUGCGGCGCGGACCAAAGCCCAGCAAGGCAGCCAUGAGAGCUCAGGCAAAAGCUCUCCAGGAACAGGAGAACAGAAAGUGCGCACAGGAUAGGUUGUUAGGCCACGAGUACGGAGAGAAACCUCUCCUCUUGGAUGAUGAAUUGGACUCUGGUGACGAGGAAGGGAAGAUGUCUGACAACCAAGAGGAGCAGAAGUUAGAUCCACAGCCAGUGCCAUUGGUUGAGCAGCCGGCCACCAAGAGUAACUUGUUUCAUGUUCCGAGACCUUUCAGAAAGACCUCUAUGGAUGAUUCUUAUAAGCAUAAGGAACAUGCAGGAGAUGAAGAUGUGUUUGCACUUGCCCCAUUCAAAUCUUCACUGAAGAAACUCAACAAGAAAGUAUUCCAGAGUCGCAGCCAGCCUUCCAGCAAUACUGUGUCGCCUCUAGAAUCCACGAGCCAACCCAUCAUAACCCCUCCCAUGGCCAACAGCUCCCCCGUCCCAACCCACUUAGGUAGCCCUGAGGUCCCAGACAAGGCUUCAGAGCCCGUCAGAUUGCCCGUUCAAGCUGACAUCAUUUACGAAGAAUCUCCGAGUGAGGAGUAUCCCAUCUAUGAAAAUGUUGUGCUCAAUCCAAGUGGUGGUAGUGUAGAAAACGGGCCAACCACCCCUAGAUAUCACCAUUAUGAGAACAUUCCUGGACCCUUCCCUGUGCCCUUGGCCGAAGACAUCCCCUCCGUGGUUAAUCCGAUUCCAACGAAAAACCCAUUUGUAAAUCCGUUCAUUGGUAACAGUCCAGUAAACAUUGUUCCUUCAGCAACUCUAGAACCUCAUCAGCAUUUUUCUAACCAGUCUGUGAUAUCAGGAAGUACAGAGCAGAGUGAACCAAAUGUCCCUUUCAAAAAUUCGCAAUCAAAUCACGGUUUGAUGUCCCAAAGCCUGGAUUCCCUUGUUCCGAACACUGGUGCUGGAUCUGUUAGUUCUCCAUCCUUCCAAAGCACAGACCUCUUUGGAUCCACGCCCUUCAGUGAUGUCACAAUUUCAAGUGCUACUCCCUCUGCUGAUGCCAAAGAAUUCUCAACUCUCAGCCAGACAGUCUUAAAUGGUGUUCCAAGUUUUACAAAUUCCAGUCAGUCUGUGUAUUACACUCCAUCUACAGACAUUAGCACUCACAUUCCUGUUCAUACUUCCACUCCACGUUCUGUAAAGAUCCAGCCAGUUGCCCGACAGUCUAGAGUGAAUUCAGCCGACCUGGAUGAUGCCGACUUGUUUGGUGCUGUGCCUUUUAAGCCCAUAAUCGGUCACCACCAGCGCUCCAGUCAGGGAUCAGGUGGCAAAAGUCAGACUCUACCAGCUAACAUGAGUUCCACCUUCCAAGCCCAGAUGGCCCAGAUGGCAAGGGAUGACGGUCACAUUGAUAAAUUCUUUGGUGACUUCAAGGUCCCCAAGUCCCUGAGGAAGUCUACACCGCCCAGUUUCCGAAAGCCGAGAGCAACACAUCAGAAAUUCUCCGAUUCUGACACUUCAAGUGAUGAAGGAGGCCUCAUGAGUAGCCGUAAACCUAGGCACAGAGACAGGAGCAAAGACAGAAUGAAAUACAAGAACAUCAGUGAAGAAUUUGAAGAGGAAAAUGUAAUGGUUCUUCCUAUGAAGCAGUUUGGCCACUCAAAGAAGGAGAAAAUCAGCAAAAAGAGCAAAAAGCUUGAGAAGCAGGAGAAAAAGGUAGAAAAGACAGAAAAGAAGCCCGAAAAGAACAUAAGUUUUGAAUCAGCAGGCAUUUCCAACAUGAGUUUCGAGGACUUCACCCUGGAGGAGAGCAGACGAGAGGCUGAUAAAAGCAAGCGGGAAGUAGAGAGGAGCCGCCAAGAGGUUGAGAAGGCAGAGGACUCCCUCCAAAGUCCUGAAGAGGACGACUCAGACUUAAGAAUGACAGGAGGCACAAGGUUUGGCUCCUUGAAGAGAGGCAUUAACCCAUUUUCUAAGUUGGGUCGCUGAUGGAUUCCAUGUUUUUAUAGAUUUUUAUAUAAGCUGACAGAUCUGCUGGAUUCAGAGACCAGAACAUUCCUUGACUUUGAAUAUAGUGCAUUGUAAACAAAGAUUCAUACAUAGAUUAAAAGAAUUACAGUAUAGGGUAACAGUAAAUUUUAAGGACCAGCUAUAUCUGCUUGAGUAUAUACAUUAUAAGAGGUAUAGAAUAGAGUACCUUUACAAGUGAAAGGAGCUCAUUUCUCUCCUCAUUUAUAUGGGGUUAUAGCUUGUAUAUUUUAGAAGGAGUACAAUGUUCCUACAUAAUCUGGAAAUGUAGCAAAUUAUUUGUAAUACUGUAAAUUACCACAAUGUUACAUAUCUGAAUUUAGAUCUGUUACUCAGUAAUAGCAAAUAUGAUGAAUAAGGGCAAGACUAAGACUUUUUCCUACAAUUAUCAAACUGUACUGUUUACCAGCAGCCAUAAUACCACAAAGAAGCACUUUAUUGCUUUAUAAAAGUAAAAAAAAGGUAAAAAAAAUAGCAAGGUUCGAACACAGCACAGUGGGUAGCAUUCAGUCUCUGUCAGCAUUGGUAGCUAGUCAUCUAUAGGCUGGGAAUCAAUAGCAUAAUGAUUGGUUCUCCAAAUUCCUUGCUGUCACUAAUAAUAGCUAGCUGUGAUUAGGUGUUGAUGUGCUACAAGUGACUGUCUCAGAAAGUAGUGCAGUGAAGUUUGGGCCGCUAAAUAGCCCAGUAAAGAGCUUCUUCCAUAUAUUGAUUUAGAAGUACAGUAUUUCAACCUUUGUGAUGUUUUUUUUGUUUUUUUUUGACUUACAGAAGUGAACUUUUAGUAGAUGCUGGUGCUUGGGAGGUGAGAGAGAGCUAUUUGGGUUAAAAGCUUUCAACUAGUUUAGUCUUACACAGAGUAUAGCAAACAGUGGGAUCUAUAAUGAGUAUUAUUCAGAUUUGUUUUUUUUUUUUUUCCCCAGUAUAUUCUAUUUGGUACAGAUUACCACCCAGUAUGAUUCCGUUAGUACACACCUCUGUUUUCACUCCCUCAUUAUUAAGUAGUCAUUGGAAAGAGUUGUAGUCUGUAAGGGAGAAAGUGGAUUUAAUAAGAUUUAAUGGAAAGAAUAUCUAAUGCUUUGUAUUAAAAAAAAAUAAAACAAAAGAAAAAAAAAAUUGCAACCAGGCUCUUACCAGAUGAAUUAGUUUAAGACAUGUUGUAUUAUCACAUAAUGGCCUUUAGUGAAUUUAACCUGGAAUGUGGUUCCCAGUAGACGUAUAUAUAUGAAGUGGAAGCUCGUGGGAGAAAGCAAUCAUGAUUUCUCUCUCUUUUUUCUCUCUCUCUCUCUCUCUCUCUCUCUCUCUCUCUCUCUCUCUCUCUCUC